AACAACAAAAAAACUAACUGUCACAAUACCAAAACCAUGUCACAGUUUGAUUAAUUAUAUUAUAAUGUCUGGAAACAUUUUUUAUACAAAAGCCGCAAAAUACUGGGCUAAUGUCCCAGCCACGAUAGACGGCGUGCUCGGCGGCUACGCGCAUAUCUCGGACAUUGACAUCAAGGGGUCCAAGGCCUUUCUAAACGACAUACUAGCUCUUAAAAAUGCCCCAGGAACUAAGUUGGCUCUCGACUGUGGAGCCGGUAUCGGCAGAAUCGCUCAAAACCUGCUGAUUCCCCGAUUCGGCAAGGUUGAUUUAGUCGAACAAGAGGAAAGAUUCCUUGCCGCCGCCAAAAAAAGAAUCAGCGAAACCAACGAAAGACUUGGAUCACUGUACAAUAUAGGUUUGCAAAAUUUUAUCCCCCAGAAAAAAUAUGAUGUCAUCUGGUGUCAAUGGGUCCUUGGCCAUUUAGACGACUUCGAUCUAAUUGCAUUUUUAAAAAGAUGUAAAAGAGCACUUAACACGAAUGGUGUUAUUAUCGUUAAAGAGAAUAUCACUUCAACCGAAGAAAUAGAAUACGACGAGGAAGACUCAUCAGUAGCCCGACCUUAUAAACUCAUGCAAUUAAUAUUCAACGAAGCUCAAUUAAACGUGAUCAAAGAAGACGAACAAGACGGAUUUCCAUCUGAUAUUUAUAAAGUUUAUUCAUUUGCUCUUGUUCCAAGUGAACUGGAGAACAGACCAUUUGUUUUAACCCUCUGAUUAUGCAACUAUCUUGUACAAAUAAAAAAAAUAA